GAUCAAGCAGAAGCUAUUUGUUGAGUGUAUACUCGACCAAGCAGCGGAGGCCCGGACCGUAACGCCGUUACUCGGUCCUGUCAACGGAUGACAGCGAUCGACGUGCCAUGCGGUUCAUCCUUCGUGUUCGGGCUUCGGGACCGAUCGGCCUCCUUCUUGAUCCAGCCGCUGCCGAGACAGGACGCGUUAGACGAGCGAAGUUUUAGCGUGUGUGUGUGUGUGCGUGUGUAAUAAGUGUAAUAAGUGUAAUGUAAUAAAUAAGUUUUAAUUUGUUGUAAACCGCAAUCGUCCGCGUACCGGCAUCAUUGUCUCCCCCGAUAUCACCAACAUAAAAGUGGCGACGAGGAAAUUUGGUAAAAAAAAAAGUGAUACACACGCAGAGCAACAAUUCCUUCCUCACGCAAACGCCGUCGUACGGACUCAUCGAUGGAGGAAGAGCAGCGCCGUCUCUCGCAGCAGUUCGAAACCCCGGGUACUGCGUUACUACAACCCGGAUACGGCCAACCGCUCCCGCCAAACGCUCCAGCGGUCGAGCAGCAGGGAUCUCAAGCGUCCUCGGUACAUUUUUCGCCAUCGCUAUCAUCAGCGCCCACAAGCCUUCAUCCGCCAUCGCUCGCUCCAGCCGCUUCGAUGCAGCACCCGCCAUCGCUACCAGGCGUGUCACAAAACGGUGAGCCAACAAUGUAUCAAAUAAUGCAGCUUCUACGCCAAUUAAUGACAAAAAUUGAGCAACAGCCGCCAGCAUCACUGCCCACAAACGCAUCGCAGCAGCAGCUACCAGUAGUGCAUCCGCCAAGUGCAUCACAGCAGCAACCACUAGUAUCGGAAAUCGCGUCGCAACCGCAGCAGCAGCAUCGGUCAGCUCCAGCCAAUCCGGAGCAAAUCCUGGACUCGCUGGCGAGAAACAUCACCGAAUUCCGCUUCGAGGCUGAAGCCGGUCUAACGUUCGAGGCGUGGUACUCGCGCUACGAGGAUCUGUUCGUCAGUGAUGCAGCCAGGAUUGACGAUGCGGCCAAGGUACGAAUGCUCAUGCGGAAGCUAGGAUCAAUGGAGCAUGAGAGGUACGUGAAUUACAUUUUACCCCGUAAUCCCCGCGAUUUAACAUUUGAGGCUACCGUGGAAAAAUUGAAGGCCAUUUUCGGCAAGGCAGAAUCCCUUUUAACUAAACGCUACAAAUGCAUGCAAAUCGUCAAAACGAAAGCUGAGGAUUUUUUGGCCUACGCAUGUCGAGUCAAUCGGGCAUGUGUUGAUUUUGAGCUGAACCGCAUGGGUGAAGAACAGCUCAAGUGUCUGAUUUUUGUAUGUGGGCUGAAAGAAGACACGGAUAGAGAUUUUCGGGUAAAGCUGCUCUCGCGUAUCGAGGAACAUGCUGAAAUCACCCUCGAGCAAUUAUCGGCGGAGUGUAGUCGUCUGGUGGCAUUAAAGAAGCAAAAUGCGAUGAUCAUUGGAGAAAAAGAGGAGCGAGUGUUGGCAAUUCAAAAUGGCGCGCGCCGUAGCCAUCAUGGGUUUCGCGGCAAAGGAUUGCGCUCGCGUCCCAUACAUCGUGAUGACCGGUCGGGAAAACCAAGUAACCCUUGUUGGUUCUGUGGAGCUUUGCAUUGGGUGAAGGAUUGUCCGCAUACUAACCAUAAGUGUCGUGAAUGCGGUGAAGUUGGUCAUCUGGAGGAACGCUGCCGCAAGCAGAAGCAUCGGGCUGGCCGAAAGUUUUAUCGCCCAACGCGAUUUGCUAAAACCGUCACGGUGUGCAGCGUACGGGCUAGUCGCAAGUUUGUGGAAGUUUCCAUCAAUGGAGUUGGCAUCCGGUUGCAGCUAGAUACGGGUUCAGAUAUAUCGGUCAUAGGUCGUUCAGCGUGGGAGAAAGUAGGGAAGCCGUCAUUGGUGCAGCCUACCGUUUGCGCAAAGACUGCCUCUAAUGAGAGGCUGGAGCUACUUGGCGAGUUUAGAGCAGAGGUUGCCAUUUGUAAUGCUACCAAGCCGGCGAUCAUCCGUGUGGCUCAAGUCGAUUUAUUGUUACUGGGAGCAGACUUGAUUGACCUUUUUGCUCUUAGCUCCGUUCCAAUGGAUGUGUUUUGCGCCAAAGUUUCGACGACCGCACAGAUUCCCAAGGAAUUGCAGAGCCGUUUUCCGGAAGUUUUUCGUGGCACAGGGCUUUGCACGAAAGCGCAGAUCAAGCUGCAGCUUAAGGAUAAUUGCCGUCCGGUGUUCCGCCCGAAGCGACCGGUUGCAUACGCAAUGCAGGCUACAGUAGAGGAAGAGCUCGAUCGCCUGGUCCAGAUGAAUGUGAUCACACCUGUUGAUUACUCGGAAUGGGCGACACCAAUAGUCGUCGUACGCAAAAGCAGUGGAGCUAUUCGAAUCUGCGGCGAUUAUUCGACGGGGUUGAACGAUGCGUUGCGUCCGCAUGAAUAUCCGUUACCGCUCCCCGAUGAUAUUUUUGCAAGAUUGGCCCAUUGCAAAUUUUUUAGCAAAGUGGAUUUGUCAGACGCAUUUUUGCAAGUUGAGAUUGAAGAGCGUUACAGGCCCCUUUUAACGAUCAACACGCAUCGAGGUCUUUACCUUUACAAUCGUCUGCCUCCUGGAUUAAAGGUUGCGUCAGCCGCGUUCCAGCAGAUAAUGGAUGCGAUGCUCGCCGGAUUGUGUUACACUUCUGGCUAUCUGGACGACGUUGUUGUCGGGGGAAGAACUGAAGAAGAGCACGAUGAAAAUCUCAACAAGGUGCUUCAGCGUAUUAAAGAAUUUGGGUUUACUAUCAAAGCUGAGAAGUGUGCUUUUAAGACGCAUCAGAUAGAGUACCUCGGGCACAUAAUUGAUCGUACUGGCCUUAGACCAAAUCCAAAGAAAAUUGAUGCUAUUGUAAACCUACCAGCUCCAUCAAAUGUGAAUGAAGUCCGCUCGUUUUUGGGUGCCAUUAAUUACUAUGGAAAAUUUGUGCCUAACAUGCGGAAUUUGAGAUACCCCCUGGAUAACUUGUUGAAAGAUGGCAAUCAGUUUGUAUGGACGAAGCAGUGCGGAGAGGCCUUCAGAAAGUUCAAGGAAAUAUUAAAGUCUGAUCUGCUUCUGACACAUUAUGACCCUACGGCUGAAAUCAUAGUAGCCGCAGACGCCUCAUCGGUUGGGCUCGGAGCCACCAUUAGCCACAAGUUUCCGGAUGGAUCAAUAAAGGUGGUGCAGCACGCGUCACGGGCUCUAACGAAAGCAGAAGAGGGGUACAGCCAGAUUGACCGCGAAGGACUGGCUAUCAUCUUUGCAGUAACCCGAUUCCACAAGAUGCUUUAUGGCAGGCAUUUCCGCCUCCAAACCGACCACAAGCCAUUGCUGCGCAUCUUUGGAUCAAAAAAGGGAAUUCCUGUGUAUACUGCCAACCGGCUGCAGCGGUUCGCUCUAGCGCUGCAGCUAUACGACUUCGAAAUCGAGUACAUACCCACGGAUAAAUUCGGCAAUGCAGACCUGCUGUCGCGGCUCAUCAGCAAGCACGCGAAACCGGAGCAGGAGUACAUGAUCGCGAGUAUUGAGCUUGAGGAGGCUGUAAAUCACGUAGCCAUACAUUCGCUAAAAGUCUUUCCGAUUCAUUUUGAAGAGGUUGCAGCAGCUACGAAAAAGGACCCUCUACUGCGCGAAGUGUACCGCUACGUCCAAUCGGGUUGGCCAGGCAAGGUCAGUUAUGGUGCGGAAUUGGCCCAAUUCCACAACAGAAGGGAAGCACUGACGACCGUUGGCGACUGUAUCCUCUUCGGAGAGAGGAUUGUGAUUCCCGCAGCUUUGCAGCAGAGAUGCCUUAGACAGCUUCAUCAAGGGCAUCCGGGCAUCCAGCGAAUGAAGGCGAUUGCACGCAGUUUCGUGUAUUGGCCAUCAUUGGACAGCGACAUCGCCGAUCGAGUUGCUUCAUGCGAAGCAUGCCAGGCUGCGGCGAAAUCACCACCAUCCCAGAUACCAUCAUGUUGGCCGAAGCCACCUGGGCCUUGGCACCGCGUACACAUCGAUUACGCUGGACCUGUGGAGGGAGCCUAUUUCCUGAUUGCGGUAGAUGCCUACUCCAAGUGGCCGGAAAUCAUUAAAACUUCCAACGGCCAGGCAGAGCGAUUUGUGGAUACCUUCAAGCGAUCACUGAAGAAAAUACGGGCGAGGAACGUGUCCCUUGAAGAGGCCCUGGACUUGUUUCUUCUCACGUAUCGCUCAACACCAAAUCCUGCUUUGGACCAGCGCACACCAGCCGAAGUGAUGUUUGGAAGAACGACCAGGACAAUUCAUCAUCUAUUGCGCCCUCCUGCAGCAUCGGAGUCUACAGCGAAGGAUGACUUUCGUGAAUACCAGCCUGGUGAUUUAGUGUAUGCCAAGGUGUAUCGGGCAAACUCUUGGAAUUGGAUAGCAGGGAGGAUUGCUCGCAGAAUUGGCAACGUCAUGUACGAGGUUGUGUCGCACGACCAGAGAAGACUUCGGCGUCAUGUGAAUCAGCUCCGCCGCCGUGUCGCUAGCUCAUCAGAACGGAACGAGAUGGAUCAGCACCAAUUUCCCCUUAGUUUACUUUUAGAUGAGAUGAGUUUGACGUCUCGUCAGCAGUCGCCGUCCGCUUCGCUGCCAACGGAGCCAGCCUCAUCUUCGGCAGCACCGGCGCUGACAGGGGUUCAGCGAGCACCGGCAUCAUCGCCAGCAUCAUCCGUGCAACCGGAGGUACAACGAGCGGCUUCGUCUAGUGGCAGCAGCAACACCCAGCAGACACAGCUACCACGACGAUCUUCUAGGACUAGAAGACUGCCUCGUAGGUUCAGCGCGUAUCGGCUGAAUUAAAAGGGGGAGGUGUUGAGUGUAUACUCGACCAAGCAGCGGAGGCCCGGACCGUAACGCCGUUACUCGGUCCUGUCAACGGAUGACAGCGAUCGACGUGCCAUGCGGUUCAUCCUUCGUGUUCGGGCUUCGGGACCGAUCGGCCUCCUUCUUGAUCCAGCCGCUGCCGAGACAGGACGCGUUAGACGAGCGAAGUUUUAGCGUGUGUGUGUGUGUGCGUGUGUAAUAAGUGUAAUAAGUGUAAUGUAAUAAAUAAGUUUUAAUUUGUUGUAAACCGCAAUCGUCCGCGUACCGGCAUCAUUGUCUCCCCCGAUAUCACCAA